UCACCAAGCCUCUGUCAGCUGACAAGUUCCUCCCAAUUCGACGUGAACUUGGCUUAUUCUCUCUUGAAGACAUAGAAGAAAUAUCCUCGGAUUCUACUCUGGAAGAUCUCACCUUCCUUUUCCUUUCAGAUCCUUUCCCUGUGUUCCCCACUCCGAUCUAUCACAAAAAAUCAGCUGUGUAUGGCUGGCAUAAGAGAGGCAUUACUAUAUUUGUUUCUUUUGUCUGUAUUUAAGCCCUCUCUCACUCGUCUGCUUCAAUCACUUCAGCCCUCUUGCCCUAAACCUCCCUCUCCCAAAGCAAAAUGACCUCAAACAAUGCUCAACUUCGGUCUGCUGUUGUUUUCAAGAAUCAAGGGUUCCGAAGUGCUAUUGUGUACUCCAGGUACCUUCGGUGCUUUUGAAAUCGCCCCAUCUAUCCAUCCUUCACUAUCAGUCCCUCGGCCUUUUCAAAGUACGACAUGGAUAUCCCAUCUCUUCUGAGUGGCCUCGGUUGGUCUGCCUUAACGGAAGACCAACGAUUUCUACAUUGUCCUGAGGCGGUUUGCCUCUUCUAUGUCAAUCUUGGUCAAGGGCGUGGUGCUGAACCAAAGUCCUUCACCACUUUGGUCUAUGAUCAUGAGAUCACAAUCACCCCAGACCUGCUUGCAUCAGUUCUCUCUCUGCCUCAUCGAGGUUAUCAGGCUGGCUUUGACGGUGAAUUUGCAGAUCUUGGGUUUGACUUUGGAUCUGCCCUGAAUGAGCUCACUCGUGAUAUUGGCCGUGUCUUUCCCACCAUGCUCGCUGCGGGUCGCUUGCCUGACGAUCUGAAAGUUCUCCAUUUCUUCCUUACCCGCUGUCUUCUUCACAGAGAUAUCUCCAGCACUGACAUUCUCCACACUUCUGAUCUCUGGAUUAUGUCCAAUGCUCGUUCUCGCUCACCCAUCAGCUAUGCCUCUCUUGUUUUUCCCCACAUGAUUAGCUUCGGUAAUGGUGGUUAUAGUGGUCCACUUCCCUUUGGUCCACUUAUCACCCGCUACCUCUAUCGUCUCAGCAUUGAUCUUCGAGAUAAAGUUGUUGUCUGCAACAUUCAUGAUGAUCUACGUCCCAAUCAUGUUCUUAAUCGUCUUAAUGCUGAUGUUGGGCGCCGUCAGCUUCUCUCUGGCUCAGGGGGAGAUACCAGUUGCCUUGUCUUCUCUGCAUAAAUCUCUACUGAUGGCUUAAUGUCAGGCCUGACACAAGCUGCAGUAUCUGCACUAGACCUUGAAAUCAGACGAGGAUAGGAAGCUGGAAGUGGGACAACAACUAGACUUCAAGUGUGCAAGGAGCGUCUGGAGCUUUUGGAAGAUGAUGAGGCCAUGCCUGCCCCAGACAACUUCGAUCCAAUAUCUCCUGACAAUAGUUCGGGAGAUGAUAUCUCUGACUAUGAAACUCCACCUGACUAUCCUUUUUAAAAAGAUCAGUUGUUGAACUAAGGGGGAGCAUUAGGAUCGUAGCAAUGAUAGUCUAGCAGAGUUGAGUUUGUCUUUUCAAGGUUGAGUGUUAAAGUUUGUCCUUCAAGGUUGAGUGUCAGGUUCGUCGAUUAUGUCUUGUGUCAUGUCUUUGAAGGUUCUGAAAGUCAUUAAUAAAAUGAGAAGCUUUCC